AUGGGGCGGCGCGACUCUGAUUCUGAAGAGUACGUUGAGCCUGGCACGUACCCGCGCAUGAUUCAGUUUAGGCUCGGUCUGAGCCGGAUCCAUGCCAAAGCAGACUUGUUUCACACAGUCUUCCCGCACGUUCUCGAUCUCACUAUUGUCCCGCGACGUUGGUACGGCCUGGUCCGGCGCUGCACGGCAUGGCUGCCGAUGUCGUUCCAAGCCGUGGUCCGCCGUCUAUGGCCCGGCGCAUUUUUGCCUUCGCGUGUGGUCCUUAAAAAGUUGUCCCGACCAACAGAGUGUCGGACGGAGCUCUUUGACAACGAGAUCGCCAUGUACAAGCAUCUACACGCCCUCCAAGGCAAAAUCAUACCCGAGUUUUACGGCGAGGGGUCGAUCCGAGAAGACAACGGCGAGCGUAAACGUGCCAUUGUCUUGUCGGUAGUCGAUGGCGUGGUUGCUAACUUCCAAGCCGUUCCCAUCCCCAUGGAGGAGUUCAAGCGACGUUUAGGUGUGGCUCAUGGGGAGAUGCUACGGCAUGGUGUGGCAUAUGAUGACGUUCAGCUGAACAACGUCAUAUUACAGGAAGACGAGAGUGGUGGUAAUGGAGACGGACGUAUCGUCUUUGUGGAUCUGGAGCAUGCAUUUCUCAGCGAACCAGAACACGCGGAGCGACGUGCAAUAAACCUUAUUAUGGACUAUGGCUAUCGCUAUCGGGAUUGUCUCAAAAACUGGGAAAACAGGCAACGGGAUGGCUAUCGCUAUCGGGAUUUUCUCAAAAACUGGGAAAACAGGCAACGGGAUGGCUGGUGA